AUCUGAAUUUUUUAUUUUUAUUUUAAACCCGGCAUCUGGCUGACGUUCACAGCUAUCUGCUAGUCCACCAUCAAACCCCCAAUUUCAGCCCUUUCUUUGAAGGUUCGUUCAUCAUCUACAAUUCCAGAACUCUGAUGGGAUUUCCCAUUCUUGGCUACCCAGUUUUACAAUAUCUUCAAAAGGGUCAUUGAUUCCGAGCUUCUUUGGUAAGGAAUCGGUAUGUUUCUGCAAAAGCACCUUCCUUUACCUCUCUUUCCCCGGUCCCUUGGUUAUUCUUGGUCAGACUUUGGGGAGGCGUGAUCCUCACAUUGUCUGCAUCAGCUCGAACAAGAUUUUGAAGUCUCGUUUGGAUCAAGACUAGUUUUGAAAAACGAGAUAAUUGCAAUCAUGGCCUGUGUGGGUAAUAAUACAGUAUAAAACACCACAGGUAGAGAGAAAGAAAGGGAAUCUGCUAUCUUUUCGUUCAUCUGGUGAGCUGUGACUGGUUCCUUUUUUUUCGUUUCUUCGUUGUCUACUUUAUGCGCUGUUGAAAGUUUCUUACUUUUUUAUUAUCAUAAGAGUAAAAUAGAUCCAAGGGUUCUUGAGGCUGCUGUACAAGCUUAGAUUUUAUGCCUGUGACAUUGGAUUUCCUCCUUUUCAUCUGUGACCGAGAGGUUUCUUUACCUUUCUUUAGCUCUAUAAAGCUGUCAAGUCUCUUUGUUCCUUGUUGAGUCCUGCAAGAUAUUUUACCAGCUGUUCUUCUUUUCUGGUCAAACCCAUCUUACCUUUCUGUUAAAUCCAAUAUAGUUCCUCGAUCUUGUGUUUCCCAUACAAAUUUGAGGCUUUACCCUUUUGAAGGUGCACGGAGUGAACUCCACAAAUUCUGGCUAGUUGCUUCUUCUUUGUGGGGUUUUUUCUUGUUAAAGAAUGGGUACAGAGGAUCAUGGUGAGAUGGGGCUCCGAUCCACUUUUGGCCCACCAGCCGGGAUAGACCCAAUAUCCUUUUGUGGCACUGAGUGGGAUCCUAUUGUGAACCAGAGUUUGCAUUACCCAGUUGUGCUUGAUAAUCACCUUGAUAUUGUUCACAAGGUUCCAGCUUUUGGCAAUGGAGAUUUCACAGGCUCAUCUGGCCUGUCAGAUUGUCACCUGAAUUAUAAUCUUUUGCCUAAUGGAAGAAAAAGAAGAGCAUCAGAUUCUCUUCCUCCUUCAAUUGCUAGUAAGAAUAUUGAACCAGCGGGAGACUCUUGGGAAGAAGAUGAAGAGAAACAGAAAAAUGCUGAGCAAAACUCAAAUUCGAGGAGUAAGAAAAGUGGAAAGCAAGUCAAAGAUAAUAAUUCCAGCAGUGGGGAACCUCCUAAAGAACAUUAUGUUCAUGUGAGGGCUAAACGUGGCCAGGCGACUAACAGCCACAGCCUCGCCGAAAGGGUGAGAAGGGAGAAGAUCAGUGAAAGAAUGAGACUGCUUCAAGAACUGGUUCCUGGCUGUAAUAAGAUCACUGGGAAAGCCGUUAUGCUUGAUGAGAUAAUUAACUAUGUGCAAUCACUCCAGCAACAAGUCGAGUUUCUAUCAAUGAAGCUUGCUACUGUGAAUCCAGAGAUGAACCUUGACAUUGAACGAAUAUUAUCCAAAGACAUUCUUCACACCCAGUGCAGCAAUGGAGCUCCUCCUCUUCAUGGUCUUGCUCAAGGAUUCAACCCAUCACAUUCUUUCCCUAACCUUCCGCUGGGUACAUUCGGCAGUCUCCCCACUGCAACACCACCAUUUCAGCCACUGCCUCCGCAGAAUGUGUGGGGAAGCGAUAUCCAGAGAUAUCUUCCGAUGGGAUUCGAUUCUAAUUCGUGUAUGAACAACACUAUGGGACCAAACUAAAUGGUAACCAUCCAUAGGGACCAGAAAAUGACCAAAUGGUAACCAUCCAAAUGGGAUAUGUUUGGUUAGCAGAUUCAGUUACCUUCUCUACUCAGACUGGAUUCAUCACAAGCAAGAAGCUGCAGAUAAAUUGUUUUCCUAGUUGUAUAUGCGGUUUAGCUCUUAACUCUUUUGUCCUUCCAAUUUUAGCAGAAGAAAGUACAACAUUUUCUUAUUCAUAACUAUUCAGUGUUGGCUGACAUUAACUUUAGCGUUUAACAUUGAAGUUUUAAAAAUAUCAUUGUUGUUUUUAGUGCAUUCGUCUCAGAAUGUUUGUCCACUUUUACAUUUUUGCAGUAAAAAUUGAUAAACGUU